GCAAGACAGAAGAGCUUGUGCCUGUCACAUUACAGAGCACAGACUGCUCUGGGAAAAAUGCCUAUUUGUCUUUCCCAGGCUGCCCCUACCCCACUAACAAUGGAAGAGAGGACGGAGGAUGAUGCUGAGGAAGACUGGCUGCAGCUGCGACCAAUGGAGCCCUUGCCUUCCCAGUGCUGUGGCAGCGGCUGCUCUCCCUGUGUCUUUGACCUGUAUCACCGAGACCUAGCAAGGUGGGAGGCAGCCCGAGCCAGCAAUGACAGGAGCCUACUAAAUGAGAAGCAAUCACAGAGCUGUUCUUCUGAGCUGAGCCCAGAGACCUUCCUGGCCUUCCGCAUCAGUGCCAUGGAGAGACUCCCUGCUGACACCUACCACAUCCGGUUUGCACGGCCUGGGAACAGCCAGCUUGGCCUUCAGCCAGGGCAGCACCUCAUCCUGCGAGGGAUGGUAGAUGACUUAGAAAUUCAGAGAGCCUAUACGCCCAUCAGCCCUGCCAAUGCAGAAGGAUACUUUGACGUUUUAAUCAAGUGCUACAAGACUGGGCUGAUGUCCCGGUAUGUGGAGACCUGGAGAGUAGGAGACACAGCUUUCUGGCGAGGACCUUUUGGAAGCUUCUUCUAUCAACCAAACAAGCAUGGUGAGCUCCUCAUGUUGGCUGCCGGCACGGGCCUGGCCCCCAUGGUACCCAUCCUACAGAGCAUCACAGACAACGCAGACGAUGAGACCUUUGUCACCCUGGUCUGCUGCUUCAAGACCUUUGAGGGCAUCUACCUGAAAACCUUCCUCCAGGAGCAGGCUCAAUUCUGGAAUGUCCAAACCUUCUUUGUACUCAGCCAGGAGAACUCCCCAGAACAGCUUCCCUGGAGUUACCGUGAGAAGACCCGCUUUGGCCACCUGGGCCAGGACCUGGUUGAAGAACUGGUGGGCUGCUGCCGAAAGAAGCCAUUUGCAUUGGUCUGCGGCUCCCCUGAGUUUACUAAGGACAUGGCUGGGUGCUUGCUGGGUGCAGGCCUGACCAAGGACUCCUACUUCCUCUUCUAGGCUAGCCUUGCUGCUGAGUUACCAGGUGACCUUGGACUUCUCUUUCCCACCUGGUUCACAAGGUUGGGUCAUUCCCUCCUGGCAUCUUGCUGUGUGGAGGGAGGAUGGGGUUGCAGGCACCAGCCUGGGGACCAGGAAGGCCUUCUCUAGUAAGCCAGGUCCACUGCACUCACAAGGCAUAGGUGUUGGGUAGAAGAAAUGGGGAGAAGCCUCCCUCAUCCCUCCAAUCAGGGGUCCUGUUAGAGGCUCCUCCCCUCAGCUCAGGUGCUCCCUGAGUAUUUAGGGAAUGACCCCAGGAGCAGCUCAGGACUCUUUGACGAAGCACUUUAACUUCAGUGCCGUGAGUCUGGCAUGCUGAAGGCCUUGGGCUCUAUGACCUGGUCAUGUUUUCAGAGCAAGGACUUGCCCUGGAUUAUCUAUCUAUUGGCCUCAAGCCUUUCCUGCUGCAAACAGCUUCCCUCUCAGUCUCCUUUUCCUGGCUCAGGCUACCAGGCUAGAGUUUUUUUUUUUUUUUCCCCAGCAAAAAAAGAAACAUGGGAGGCAAAAGCCCCUCCCUCUAACAGGCAGUCAGCUCAGCCCAUGCCUUCAGCUCGGUGCCCUGACAACGGUUGCUAUGGAGAUCUAAAGAUAGAGCAGGAGUCUGGAGACCUGGGUCCCUCUCCCAGCUCUGCCCACUGAGUGGCUGCCAAUUCAGGUCCACCCAGCCCCCCACCCUACCUCCUCCAUCCUGCACAGGGCAUGCCCUCUCCAGGGAACCUGGUGCCCCUGGGCAGUGCUCUGCAGUUAAUGAAUUCCGCUUUUCGCAGCCUGGGCCCCAGGGUGCUGCGCCAGCACAGGCAGACUGCAGGCAGUCCCAGACUUGGAAUACUCAGCAGUGGAAUGUUGGAAUCAGAGAGCCGUGAAACCUUAAGAAUGAGACUUUUAUAAUCAUAGAAUUGCUGUCCUCCCAGCAAAGCUGAAAGUCUAGCUUGCCAGAUGGUCCAGAUUCAUUGUCUACAUAGGAGACUGAGGCCCGGUGAGGCUGCAUGACUCACCCAAGGUGGAGCUGUGACAGCACCAGAAGUCGCACUUCAAUCCCAGCUCGGAUCUACACCAUGGACUCCAUCAGGGCUCCACGGGUACUAGGGAUGCUUGCUGGAUGCCAACAGUGAAGGGAUGGCCAGAAGGAUUUCCAUUUCUCCUUCUACCAAGCAGGUGUUUUUAUCCCACUUACAUAGUGAAACUUGGAGUGAUUUUGAUUUGUCCGGAAGGAUUUUCCUGCCCCGCCCAAAAAGCCACAGGAAAACCCUGCCUGUGCCAUGGUCACUAAAGAGUCACAAUGAACUCAGACAGAGAGAGAGAGAACAGGUUUCAAACUGGUAGGGUUUUCAUGUCAGGCUACAGGAUGUAGCCUCCAAGAACCCUACACACAUGGACACAGUAAAUGCUCUGAAAUCAUAA